AUGCGGAGUAAUCCGCUUAUCUAUAUAAACAGAGCCAACACCCCAAAAAAAAAGAAUUUUUUUUUUAGUACAACUUUUCCACCAGCCAUGUCGGCCUUGCAAUCAUUGAAUGCCCAGUACUUGGCAUAUAUAAUCAAGUACCCGUUAUUGACGAAAUCAAUCACCAGUGGGGUGUUUUCUGGGUUGAACGAGACCGUUGCGUCGGUGAUAACUAACGAAUUCAAGGAAACGAAGAUUGCUGGUAUCAAGAUCAAACAUGUGUUUACUGAGAAAUUGUUGACGAUGAUUAUUUAUGGGAGUUGUAUUGCCACUCCAAUUAGUCACUACAUGUACUUUAUCAUUAAUAGUAAGAUAUUUAAAGGUCCAUUGACAAAGUCUGGAAAGAUCUUACAGAUCUUGACGUCGUUGAGUACGGUAACACCAACACUUGCUGCGUGUUUUGUUUCUUGGAUUGCGUUGAUCAAUAAUUACAAGUUGCCCAAGGGUACAAUCGACCCAGUGACCGAGCUCAACAAGGUUGUUGCGAUUGUACGUGCUGGGUUGAAGAAAGGGUAUUUUGGGGUAUUGAAGAGUUCUUUAGUGACUUCCUCAAUUGCCCUCGUGAUUGCACAAAAGUUUGUACCGCCUGAGCUCUGGGUGGUGUUUUUCAAUGUGGUUUACUUUUUCUUAGGUACUUAUCAAAACACGAAGUUGAAAAGAUUGCAAAAGCAACAACGAUUAAGUAAGUAG